CUGGGCGACACAGGAAGUAGCCGUUCAAUUGCCUUUUACUAGCUGUCAGAUUAAAUAGUGAGCCGUUAUAUCUUUAUUGCUGGUGGUUUACUACCCUAGAUGAACCGUUAUAAUCGAAAAUCGUGAGAUUAACAUUUGUCCGUCGAGGCUACGCUUGCUACAUUUUUCUUUGAUAAAUAUAUUUCUCUAGAGUAGUCGUCAUGGGUGAGGUGGAGCUUUCCUGUCGGGCUUAUGUGAAGAUGUACCUGCACGCCUGUCUGUUUCCACGGUGCAGCAUCAACGGGCUGCUGUUGUCGUCCAGCUCGGCGGGCGGAGCUGUUUGUGUGACCGACUGUGUCCCGCUGCUUCACUCCCACCUGCCUCUGGCUCCCAUCACUCAGCUGGCUCUCACACAGGUGGAUGUGUGGUGUUCACAGACCCAGCAGAGGAUAGUGGGAUACUAUCAAGCCAACGCCUGUGUUUCAGACAGCAGCCCGACACCAUGUGCACUGAAGAUAGCCGAUAAGAUUGCUGAGCAGUUUGACAGCGCUGUUUUGUUAAUGCUUGACGGUAGUAAGAUGUCUCCAGACUAUCGGGUUCCUCCCAUAGUGAUGUACGAGCGAAAAGAUUCAAGAUGGACGCUCAAAGACAAACACACGAUAAUGCUGAGACAGUGGGAGGAGACCCGGGCGAUAGCCAGUCAGAUGCAGGAGUCCGGCGAUCACACGCUACUGGUGGAUUACGACAGCCACCUGGACGACAUAACAAAAGACUGGACCAAUCAGAAACUUAACACCAAGAUAGCGGAGCUCGCCUCGCCGGCCAACGGGAACAUCUAGACGCCGAAGAAGUGACACCAGUUUGUACCAGAACGCAGAUUUAUUUCUGUUCUGACCCGACGUCGUGCACACACACACACGUGUGACUUUUAUAACCAGCCAGAGUUUAGGAAUACGUUUUAUUUUUAAUGCAUUUUCAUGACUGAACAUAACAUUGAACAUGCAUAAAUAACAAAACUAUUUACAUCUUGGUAGAUCUCUGCAGUCUCUCCCCCCCCCCCCCCCCCCUCAGAGUGUGCCUUGUGGUUUAGCCCGACACCCUGCUGAUUUAAAGAAAAAAAAAAAAAUCCACCUUAAAAAUCACCUUUUACACACUAUAACAAAGCAGCUGUGGUAUUUCUGGUCCAGUUUUGUUAUCUGAUACUUUACUAUUAUUUUUUCCUACAUAAAACAAAACACAUAAUGGUUGACAAGGUAACAAACAUCUGACAAUACAAAAGUCCUGCAGUAAAUAUCAGUUUGUUGAAGCUCAAAAUGUUUGUUUUUUGUCCGCAGGUGGAUGUUUGAUGGUAGAUUUAAGGCGUUCUGCAGAUGUUGCUUUCAAGUGUAACUCGUAAAGUCAGAUUUUCAACACGUGAAGUCAAGUUUCUGAUAUUCUUGAAGUGACGUGGACCUGAAAACAUCAAACAACAGUAAUAACAUGUUUGAAUAGUAACUUUGAAGUAUUAUCAUUUAAAAAAACCUCUCGGCUCUUAACUUUUAGAUUAAAAUUCCACCUAUAAAUGUAUGAAUACAUCAUUCAUUUGUGGCUCAGAUGGACUCUGAUACAUCUGGUUAAACGUCUCUUUGUUUUCUCUUUGUUUCUGCUUUUUGUAACCGAUGCACCAAAUAUUCAGGCAGCAGCUAUCUGUCCGCUUAUGUAUCUUUUUGUACUUUGCUUUAUGCUGCCUUGAAAUCCUCAGUAGUUGUUGCUUUUAAAGCUGAUAAACACUGUUUAUUGGUAUCGACAUGAUUCACUUUAUGUGGCUGCUUCCUGACUGAAUUGAUUUUGCAUCAGUGGCAAAAAGUAGGAAAAUAUGUAAAGAGGAAAUUUCCUAUAAAGCAAAACAACAAACAGGCGUCUAACAAGACAUCUGCAACACCUUUAAAAACAAAUCAGUUUGAGCAAAAAGCAAAUAUGGUGAGCUUCAGCAGACUGUAUUUACUGCAGGAUUAUUGUAUUGAACUGAAUGAUACUUCUGUUGAACCCAUUUACUGUAAAUCCAGAGCAGCUACAACAGAGUCUGACGGGAGAAAAACAUUUUUAAAAAAGCUUUUUAAAGCGUCUUCGUCAGACUUCGGUGUAACUUUCAGGAACACUAAUCUCAAGUUUACACGUCUCCUCUGGAGGAAAACAUUAAUUUACUAGAUUAGUUCACAUAACUCUAAAAAUGCACUGAAUGUCCCAGAUGGAGGAAGAAUAUAUAACAGGUUGUUGUUUUUUUUUCUUUUAUUGAUCCUGAAUUAGCACCACUACAGACCUGGCACACGGUGCAGCAUUCUGUCUCAUCAUGAGUGUGAAACUUUAUCUAUUAAAAGACGACCAUGAACCCAA